AAAUGUAACUCAUUUAAGGGUAGGUCAGCAUGGUUGUAUCGCUUCUACCUUCAACUGUGAAACUCAGAGAUCUGAUCAGGCAGAUCAGGUCUGCUAGGACUGCUGCAGAAGAGAGAGGCAUUAUAACCAAAGAGUGUGCAGCGAUAAGAGAUAGCUUCAGAGAGGAGGAUAAUGAUAACAGGUGCAGGAAUGUUGCUAAACUUCUUUACAUCCACAUGUUGGGAUUCCCUGCUCACUUCGGACAACUGGAGUGUCUUAAACUCAUUUCUUCUCCGAGAUUUGUUGAUAAACGAAUUGGCUAUCUGGGAGUAAUGUUGUUGCUUGAUGAACGCCAGGAUGUACACUUACUGGUUACCAACUGUCUGAAGAACGAUUUGGGACACAGCACGCAGUUUGUGUCGGGGCUUGCGCUCGCAGCGCUUGGUAACGUGUGUAGCGCUGAGAUGGGCAGAGAUCUUGCACCUGAGGUUGAAAAGUUAUUAAAAUCGUCGAACGCAUUUUUGAGGAAGAAAGCAGCUUUGUGCGCUGUCCGGAUUAUAAAGAAAGUUCCAGAUCUUAUCGAGGUUUUCAUCCCGCUAACAAAAGCUCUGAUAAACGAACGAAACCACGGAGUACUUCUGACAAGUGUUAUACUGAUCAGAGAAAUGUGCGACAUAAACCCUGACUGUAUUAUCCACUUCAAGAAGUGUAUCUUUAACUUGUUACGAGUGCUCAAGAAUCUGAUAAUGGCCGGAUAUUCACCAGAACACGACGUGGCUGGAUGUUCGGACCCUUUCUUACAGGUACAAUUAUUGAGGUUGCUCGCGGUCCUUGGUAAAAGUGACGCCGAUGCAAGUGAGCAGAUGAACGAUAUUCUAGCACAAGUAGCAACCAACACCGAAACCAGCAAGAAUGUCGGAAAUGCCAUUCUGUACCAGACAGUGUUAACUAUCAUGGAUAUAGAUGCAGAAAGUGGGCUCAGGGUUCUUGCUAUCAAUAUUCUUGGACGAUUUCUGCUUAAUUCUGAUAAAAACAUAAGAUACGUAGCGUUGAACACUCUGCUGAGAACGGUUCACAUCGACAAGGCCGCAGUACAGCGACACCGAAACACAAUUAUAGAAUGUCUGGCAGACGUUGAUAUCUCGAUCAAGAAGAGAGCAAUGGAGCUCCUCUUCGCCCUAGUUAACGAAACCAACGUCAGAUCCGUGAUAGGAGAGUUGGUUAGCUUCCUGAGCACUUCAGCACCAGCCGAGCUGAAAGCGCAGCUUACCUCUACUAUUAUCCUUCUGUCUGAUAAAUUCGCUCCAACUAAACGGUGGUACAUGGACACAGUGCUGAAAGUUCUGAUAUACGGUGGACACUACGUGAGGGACGAUGUUGUCAACAGUGUUACUCAAUCUAUCUCUGAAUCCCCUGAGAUGUAUGCUUUUAUAGUUCAGAAGCUGUUCCUGGCCCUCCGGGAGGACAUUUCUCAACAACCUCUGGUACAAGUGGCAACCUGGGCGAUAGGGGAAUACGGCGAGCUUUUGGUGGCCGGACCAUGCGAUAUUGGAGAGCCGGUGGAGGUGUCCGAGUUGGAAGUUGUGGACACUUUAGAGCACAUAGUUACUGGAUCAGUGUGCUCUAAGGUUUCUAAAUACUACACUCUAAAUGCUCUGAUGAAGCUUAGCACGCGGUUCAAGACAGAAGCGGAUCGUAUUCAGAAGAUAAUCGGUUACUUUACGAUAAGUACAAAUGUGGAACUGCAGCAGAGGAGCGUGGAGUACCGUACCAUAUUCAAGCAGUAUGAUGGUAUGAGAACGGCCUUGUUGGAGAGGAUGCCCGUCACAGUUGCUGCGGAUAAACAACAACCCGAGAAAACUGAAGCUCUCCUUGAUAGUGCUCCAGCAGCAGAACCAAUAGUACAAGAGAAGCAGGAAACCGAGCAAGACUCCUUACUGAACCUGAUAGGAGGUCUGGUUGGAGACGCUCCGGCGCCUCAACCACCCGCCCCCUCCUCCACCGCUGCCAACAACGACCUCCUCAUGGAUCUGCUCGGUCUGGACUCAGGACCCGAACCAACCCCGACCAUCCCUCCCCUCACUGCUGUGAACAAACAGGGUCUCCUGGUAACCUUUAACUUCUCGCGUGACGGGGACAAGUUGAAGAUAGUGGCGGAGAGCAGGAACAACACAACCACGCCAAUCUCCAACUACGUGUUCCAGGCAGCAGUUCCGCGGAGUAUCCAGAUCGCUCUGAGUGCUGCCAGCUCCUCAACCAUCUCUCCAAACGGUACCGUUCACCAGGAGAUGCUGAUCAAUAACCCCACUCAAGCUACCCUGAAAAUGAGAGUUAAGAUCGCGUACAGCUCGGGAGGAGCUCCUGCUCCUGAGAUUCAGGAGACAGUGGGUUCUUUUCCGGUAUCUUUCUGAGCUGGCUCCUUCAUUUAGUUCCUACAAGCUGGUACUUGCUUAGGAUUUACGAACACGUCUCGUAGACUCUUAAAAUCAUGUUGUAAUUAUGCGAUAUAAUACAUCACUUUGAGGUUUUACUUUAAAGUUGAAAUUAAAUUAAACUUUUUGACCGUAAAGUUUUACUUCCGUAAUGUUUAGAGUUGAGUUAAAAGAUUAAGGAAUGAAAAUGCUAUGCUAGUAUAUAAAAUUACUUCUCCUUUUUGUGGGUAUGUUAGAAAUUUGAUAUUGUUAGUAGAACAUCACGCGGUGUUCUUAUUUCACAACAUCCUGAUAAUUUCAUCAGUUUGGACAUUUUCAGAAAUGCAGAAUCGAUCACUUCAAAGGCAUUUUGCACGUUAAAACAGUAUCCCUGGCAUUGAAAUAUUAUAAUUUUAACGAUAGCUAUCACUGCACUAUUUCUUCUGUAAGAGUAUCCAGUAUAUUUUCCUGCUAAUUUUUAUUCUCUUGUUAAUAUGAAUAUAUUAUAGAAUGUCAAAGUAGAGUGUUUGGGCCAGUGUGUCUGUAUGGUGGGUUUUUAGUAGUGUGCGCCCCCUGAAUUAGAAUAUGGAUAUGAUUUAAUUUUGUAAAGUUUUUAGAUAGCGCCAUUAAUCUAGUAAAUGUUAAAUUUUGAAAUUAGAAUACUGUCGGCCGAUUAAAUUAAAGUGGCCGUUGACUUGAAAAGUGUUAAUUUAAUUCGGGCAUCUGUUUUUCUCUACUGUUGAAUCGUCCGUCUCUCUUACCACUGGAAUGUGAAAACUGUGAUAUCUUUCCUUUAUCUUCCUAAUAGUAAUAUAAUUAAAUAUAAUGUGCCAGGUUAACCCGUGUAAUUGUGCGAUACGUGCUAAUGUGAAUAUUAUGAUUAUAUUAAAUGAAUGUUUUGUGAUUUCACGGAAAUAAA